AUGUCAAUCAUAUUAUCUGCAGCUAAUGCUGCUUGUUCGAUUUACGGACUCGAAAUCGCUUUGGAGAAUCAACUUUCAGCAUUACAGCAACUUAAAGAUGUUGGUUUGGAACCUGUUACGUUAGUCAAUGGCGAUCCCACCAUUGCAGUCGCCAUUUCAACAAAGAAAGUGAACAUGGAGCCUUGGAGAUACCAGCGUCUCCCACAAGAUACUAAACAAAAACAACAAUGCAACGAUAGCAACAGUAGUGAAUCCUUUAUUGUUUCCAUCCACCAUCACGAUCAGCAGUUCUUGAUCUUGUGGCUAAGAUUAUGCCUUCCACACCUAUCCCAGGCAUAA